CACCCUUUCUCUCUGUCUCUCGUUCAUUUGCGGGGCAGCAGUGGACAGACGCCGCUCCACUGCACAGAAAGCUGCUUUUCUGUUUUCAGCCUACACCCUUCAUACUUGUCUGUGCGCGUUGUUAAGAAAGCCGUAGUUACUUUCUCUCUGAGUUCCUGAUUUGAGCAGUUACACAAUACUGAUACAGGAUGAGCUCUGAAGACUUCACUGACAAAGCCCUGUCCAGGAUGCAGAUGGCAAAGGAAAUGAAGGACGAGGAUAAGUUGUACAGAUACAAGGGGGUCCUGUACCCCUGCCUCAUGUGCCCCGAGGAUCAUCUGAAGGCUCUGGAGAACAUGGAGGCCAGAGAGGAAGACCUCAUGCUGAUAGCGUACCCCAAAUGUGGUUUUAAUUGGAUGGUUGGCGUGGUGAGGAAGAUCAUUACUGAGGCCACUGGAGAAAGAGUAGAAACCAAGAUGCCCCCACUGAUCGAGUUCAUGGGACCAAAGGUCUUAAAGGCUGUAAAUGAGGCUCCAUCUCCAAGGUUUCUAGGGGCUCACCUGCACCCUGAUAACAUCCCCGCCUCUUUCUAUACAAAGAAACCCAAAAUGCUGGUGAUCUUCAGGAACCCUAAAGACACUGUGGUCUCCUUCUAUCAUUUCUGCAACAACAACCCAGUCCUUCCCUCUCUAAAGUCCUGGGACUCCUUCUUCUCUGACUUCAUGAGUGGUGACGUUCCCUGGGGGUCUUACUUUGAGCAUGCCUUGGCCUGGGAGAAGAGGAUGGACGACCCCAAUGUCAUGAUUGUCACCUUUGAGGAGCUAAAACAGAACCUAAAUGAGGGCGUCCGUCAAAUCAGCACCUUCUUUGGCUUCAGCUUGACCACGAGUCAGGUCCAGAAGAUCACUGAGGAGAGCACCUUCAAAGCCAUGAAGGAAAGCUCCGCAAAUGCCCACACUAUUGGGAACAUCAUCUUCAGGAAAGGUGAGGUCGGUGACUGGAAGAACCACUUCACACCAGAACAGAGCAGAGAGAUGGAUGACGCCUUCAACAAACACCUGGCAGGAACAAGGCUGGGAACCAAACUCAACUACCAGAUUCACUGUCAGUAGGAAGCCAGGGAGAAAUCAAAGAGAGGGAAAUGUGUUGUUUUCUACGCCUUGGGGACUUCUCUGCCCUGAGCUGAGUCAGAUAGGCCCCCUCCUCAGGAUAGAUCUGCACAGAUCUCUUUCUUUCCUGGUUUGGACUUCAAUCCCAAAGGCAUCAACCCUUCUGACAUUGUUGGAGGCAGGAAUGUGAGGCAAAAAACUGCCUGGGAGGCUCAGUUCAAGCACUAAAGUCCCUUCUGAAAGUCUGGAAUAAUGAAGAAGGAAUUCAAAAAGAGGGGAUGCAAGAAGUAGAUAAGAAUGCAUUAUGGGUUAUUUACCUUUAACUUUAACAUGAUG